GCUGCUGCGCAACCCCUUCCCCGCCCGCCCGGUCGCUCCAGUGCCGUCGCCUCCUCCUCGCAGCCCCGCACGGCGCGGCCCGGUCAACAUACACAGCUGCAAAAUCCCAACUUGACAUAAUGAACAACCAAGAGGCUGGUGUUCUCUGUUGCUGGAGAUGUAGGAAAUAUAUAGCAAAUUCUGGUUUUUUUGCAAAAUGUAAUGGGAAAAAAACAUCCAAAAUAUCACAACCUUCAGCUGCUGCUCAGAAUUCUUGCAAUGUUUGGCAUGUGAGCUUAGAAGCCAUUCCAGAGUGGGUGAAAUGUCUCAUUGAAAAGGCACAGUGGACAAUUGGAAAACUGCAUUGUCCAUUCUGUGAGGCCUGCUUAGGGGGCUUUAACUUUGUUUGCAACAAAGAAUGUUCCUGUGGACAGUUAGUAAAUAUACAUUUCUUCAAAACUUGGACUGAGAAUCCAGUUAAAUUGUCAAAAUCAUCAGAGAAACAUUUGCUUCUCAAAAUUCAGUCUGGUUUUAACAAGGAUACCUGCCAUGAAGUGGUAACUGCAACUUUGGAAAUCAUAAAUCAAGGGCUUUCCUACACAGCUGGAAGUAAUAAUGGUGCUGGAAGAUUAACAGAAGUACUUUGUCUAGAAGAAAGAGCUCCCAGAUACAAGAUAGAAAGUAAAAAACUUCCCUUAAAGGCAUUAAAUCAAAAAAGAAAUCUCCCUUCUUCCUAUCUUAUAAAAGAUACAUGCACUGCAAAACCUUUUCACAGAAGAUCAUGUAGCUUGGAUUUAAAUAUCAGAGAAAGACUUGUUUUGUCAUCUGUGUUAUAUGAAACUUGCAGCAUGGGAACACUUUACUGUGGCCAAAAUGAAAAUCCAUCUGCUUACGUACAAGGGAGCUUGCAAUUAGAAUCCAGUAGGAAAGAUGGUAGUUCUUUCCAGUAUCUGUAUAGUUCCAGGGCUGACAUACUACAAAACAAAUUUCAAGUUACUUCUGUUACCACAUUACUACACGGAGACACUGAAAGUGAGUGUGAUUUUGAAGUUACUGGACAAUGUUCUGGGAGUGUCAUUGCUGAUGGGUCACCAUUUGUGAUGAAUCUUUCCUUGCCUGCAAGGGCUGUAGAAGACAAACAGUACAUCACACCUGGUGGUCUUGCGCAGCCUAUGAGCAUUUCCUUCAACCAAAAGCUGAGUAAAAGAGAAAGAAACAAGUCAAAAAGCCUGAGGAGAAAACGAAGAAGGCGAGAGCAAUGUCUACAGAAGCAAGUCACUUCAGGUUCUGAAAGGUGCUAUGAGGUCUCCCUGGAGCCUUUCCUCCAGGAUGAACAGCUCCAGCUGUCUGAGACUGUCCUCAAAGGAGAGAUGCUCCAGCCCUCUGAUCAACUUAGUAGCUCUGCUCUGAAGACCAGUGGUUAUUUCAGUGAGAUUACAGCUGGAGAAAAAUUUUUAGAGACUGGUGUGAGAACAAUGACAUGCUAUGGUGAGGCUGGAAGACCAGGGUAUGCUAAUUCAAAUUUAAGUUUGAACUGUUGCAAAACUAAGCAUGUCACAUUUUCCAGGCAGUAUUUUCUUUGAGAGUAUUGAAUACAGUGUAGGUACUUCAUUGGAGCACUAGGAAUCCUGGGGUAUUUCAAGAGAUGAAAAUGAUGAAAAACCCCAACAUUGAUAGAAUGAUCAUCUUACCCAGUUGCGAGAAUUUUCUUUUGUAUGUAUGUAUAUAAGUAUUUGCCUGGUGUAAACCACAAAUCAUCUACAAUUUGGAAGAUCGUAAUUUUAUGUAGUAUUUUCUCAGAUGCAGUAAAGAUGAUACAUUGAUUGUGGUAAUGUGGAACAGUCUGAAUUAUUAAUUUAGUUUCAUUUUACAGGUAAAAUAGUUUUUAAUUUAUUAUGCUAUAAAUUACAAUAUAUGCUUUCACAGAACUGUUAUCUGUCUUUGAAAGUUUUAAGUGAAUAUCUAAUUUUGAUACUCAUAAAUCAGUAUGCUCAAAACCUUUAUAAUCUAAAACUAAAAAUGCAUAUUAUCAGAAGUGUUUAAGAGGCUCUCAUUCAGGUAAUAGAUUUUACGUUUUAAGAGAUUCAUUAUUUGCUGGGUUACUGUUGCAAAUAUCUUUGGAGUAAAUAAUUUUAUUUAAAGCUUUAAUUUGCAAAUAACCUUUGUCGAUUGGGUAAAACAAAGUCACAUUUAACUGUCUAGGAACGUAGACAGUAGUUCUCUAUAAGGAUAGUUUCUAAUGGUAACAUACAUUUGUUUUGCUAUACUGAAAACUGAAGUUAAAACAGCUAUACUCAAACCUGGGAGAGCCUGUGUUCUCUGAGGAUUUUUCUGGAUUUUUUAUGCCUUGUAAAAAUUGUUGUAAUUUUUAACUGAAAUGAGUCAUAGUUCUUCUAAGAAUCUUGUUAACCUUUGAAUUCUUAAAAGAAUUGCAGCUCUAGAACAAGAAAUUAUACCAGAUAGCCAUAUGACCAUUUUUAUUAUACGUACAGCUACACAUUUUAUAAAAUAAUACUUGAUGGUAUUUUUCCAUUAAAAGUAACUUUUUUCAUUAUAAAGUAUUUUUUCCCAUUAUAAAGUAAUCUCAUUUGAUACAAGUGGAGAGCUAAAUGAUGGUAUUUUUUCUAUAAAUGAGUGUAAAGAGAGAAAUGAGCCACCUGCAUCUGUUUGAUGUUAGUGUGUAUACCUUUUAAACUUCAGCAAGAUUGUCAUUUUGAAAUACAGACCUAGAAAACUGUAUCAUUUUGAUUGUCAGAUUAUGUGCUUUUGUUGUAAACACAGAAAAAUAAAUGUUCU